ACUAGAGAGAGAAAGACUAACAGAGAACUUGGUAAAGCUCUAACAAGUUCCCACCAUUUGCGUUUACGAAUCUCCAUGGGAAAUUUUUGAGGAUUUCUAAAAUUUGCGCUUUGCAAAGCCGAGGAUUGAUUAGAAAUUGAAGGGGUGAUUGGCCCCAAAACGGCACAGCGAGUGAAUUCAUCGAACACAAUGAUGAUGGAUGAUGAUAUGGAGAAUGGCAGUUUGGGGCCAUUCCAAGAUCGGCUAAGGACGUUCCCUAACAUGCGAAGUAAACCUUAUGUUCCUUUGAUUUUUCGAGUCCUUAUGGGAAUAAAUGUCCGUGUUCUUUUUGUACUCUUUCUAUUGGGAAUUGGGGUGAUAUUUUACAUUGGAGCAAGUACUUCCCCGAUUAUUGUGUUUGUCUUCUCAGUUUGCAUAAUCACCUUUGUCUUUGCAAUGUAUCUUAGUAAGUGGGUGCUCGCAAAGGAUGAGGGACCUCCUGAGAUGGCUCAGAUAUCAGAUGCUAUACGAGAUGGUGCUGAAGGUUUCUUCAGGACCCAGUAUGGGACUAUCUCUAAAAUGGCAUGUUUGCUGGCUCUGGUGAUCUUUAGCAUUUAUUUGUUUCGCCGUACAACCCCUCAACAAGAAUCUUCUGGCAUUGGGAGGGCAACAUCUGCAUAUAUUACUGUUGCUGCAUUCCUUUUGGGGGCAUUAUGUUCAGGUGUUGCAGGGUAUGUUGGGAUGUGGGUGUCAGUUCGUGCAAACGUUCGCGUUUCCAGUGCUGCAAGACGGUCUGCAAGAGAGGCAUUGCAGGUUGCAGUUCGUGCUGGUGGUUUCUCUGCCAUUGUGGUUGUUGGUAUGGCUGUAAUUGGUAUAGCCAUUCUUUAUUCCACAUUUUAUGUUUGGUUGGGAGUGGAUUCGCCAGGUUCAAUGAAGGUUACCGAUUUGCCUCUUCUUCUUGUGGGAUAUGGUUUUGGAGCAUCAUUUGUUGCUCUCUUUGCUCAAUUGGGUGGUGGAAUAUUCACUAAAGCAGCUGAUGUUGGGGCAGACCUUGUUGGAAAAGUGGAGCAGGGAAUACCAGAAGAUGAUCCUCGAAAUCCUGCCGUCAUUGCGGAUUUGGUUGGAGACAAUGUGGGUGAUUGUGCUGCGAGAGGUGCUGAUCUUUUUGAAAGCAUUGCAGCUGAAAUCAUCAGUGCUAUGAUACUUGGGGGAACAAUGGCUCAACGUUGUAAAAUUGAAGAUCCAUCUGGCUUCAUCUUGUUUCCUCUUGUUGUUCAUUCAUUUGAUCUGGUUGUCUCAUCUGUUGGAAUACUUUCAAUCAGGAGUACACGCGACUCUAGUGUGAAGGUACCUAUUGAGGAUCCAAUGGCAAUUCUUCAGAAAGGAUACUCUGUUACAAUAGUACUUGCUGUUCUGACAUUUGGUGCGUCUACUCGUUGGUUACUUUAUACAGAACAAGCACCUUCUGCAUGGUUGAACUUUGCCUUAUGUGGGCUGGUUGGUAUCAUCACGGCAUAUGUUUUUGUCUGGAUCACCAAGUAUUACACUGAUUACAAGUACGAGCCUGUACGCACAUUAGCUCUUGCUAGCUCCACAGGUCAUGGGACUAACAUAAUAGCAGGAGUCAGUUUGGGCCUGGAAUCAACAGCACUUCCCGUUCUUGUGAUUAGUAUGUCGAUUGUGUCAGCUUAUUGGUUGGGCCAAACCUCGGGACUGGUGGAUGAAACUGGCAAUCCAACUGGUGGACUGUUUGGCACAGCUGUAGCGACAAUGGGAAUGCUCAGCACUGCUGCCUAUGUUCUGACUAUGGAUAUGUUCGGUCCAAUAGCUGAUAAUGCUGGUGGUAUUGUAGAGAUGAGUCAGCAGCCAGAAAGUGUUCGGGAGAUUACUGAUGUUCUUGAUGCGGUAGGCAAUACUACAAAAGCUACAACUAAAGGAUUUGCCAUCGGAUCUGCAGCACUUGCAUCUUUUCUUUUAUUUAGUGCUUAUAUGGAUGAAGUAGCUGCAUUUGCUAAUGAACCUUUCAAACAGGUUGAUAUUGCCAUUCCGGAAGUUUUCAUUGGUGGACUGUUGGGGUCAAUGCUUAUUUUCUUAUUUAGUGCGUGGGCUUGUUCUGCAGUAGGCCGAACUGCUCAGGAGGUUGUUAAUGAAGUAAGAAGACAAUUUAUUGAGAGGCCCGGUAUCAUGGAGUACAAGGAAAAACCAGACUAUGGUCGCUGUGUUGCCAUUGUAGCAUCUGCUUCUCUACGGGAGAUGAUAAAACCUGGUGCUCUGGCUAUUAUAUCACCAUUAGUGCUGGGUUUUCUGUUCCGUAUUUUGGGAUACUACACUGGACAUCCUCUACUUGGGGCUAAAGUUGUGGCUUCUAUGCUGAUGUUUGCAACAGUCUCUGGUAUUCUUAUGGCUCUUUUCCUGAACACAGCAGGAGGUGCAUGGGAUAAUGCAAAGAAGUUCAUAGAGACUGGGGCCCUUGGAGGCAAAGGAAGUGAUACCCAUAAAGCAGCAGUGACUGGAGAUACUGUGGGAGAUCCAUUUAAAGACACAGCUGGACCUUCGAUUCAUGUCCUCAUAAAAAUGCUGGCUACCAUAACGCUUGUGAUGGCGCCAAUAUUCCUGUGAGUGUUGUUAAUAUGUAUUGCAGUUUUCACCUGAAAACUACAGCAGAGAUAUUUAGCAAAUAUAGAGAUAGGUAUUUUUGAUAUAUAUCAAGGGGUGCUUGAUUACUGAUCAUACACAAAUUUUCCUUGCUGUGAUUGAAUAAUAAGAGAUGUUUGAUAGGCUGCGUAUUUUUUUUUUUUUUAAAUUGAGUAGUGUUUCUUUCACAGUACUCAAAUGGAUUGCCAUGGCUUGUCCACAAUUGCAUAUUUUCUGGAUCAGCCGGUUCUAUUGGCUGAUAAUGAAAUUAGCGAUUUACAGUA